AUGGCGCAGCCUCAACGAUUCAUCGACGGCCGCGACGACGCCCGGCCCUUUCAGCACCCACACGCGACUGUCGAGCACGCGGCGCUCGUCCAGUCGCGCGAGACGGGCGAUGUCAUCCCCGACGACUCGCCCCCCGAGGGCCACGUCAAGGCCCUGCCCUUUGCCAAGUCCUGGGUUCACUUCAUGGCUGGAGGAGUCGGCGGCAUGGCGGCUGCUACGUUGACGGCGCCCCUCGACGUCCUCAAGACGAGGCUGCAGUCGGACAUUUACCAGGCCCAGCUGCGAGCCAAGUCGCACGCCAUUCGACGCCUGAACCCCGCGAGCGCCGCCCUAUACCACCUCACCGACACGUUGCAGAUCCUCGCCUCGGUCUACCGCACUGAGGGCCCCAGGGCUCUGUUCAAGGGCCUCGGGCCCAACCUCAUCGGCGUUGUGCCCGCGAGGAGUAUCAACUUUUACGUCUACGGCAAUGGCAAGCGCCUCAUCUCGCAGUACUGGAACCGCGGGCAAGAGGCCCCCUGGGUGCAUCUGUUGGCCGGGGUGGCGGCCGGGGUGGCGACAUCGACGGCGACGAACCCCAUCUGGAUGGUAAAAACGAGGUUGCAGCUCGACAAGAACGUCGCAGAGCGCAGCGGCGGCGCCAUGAAGCGGCAGUACCGCAACAGCGUCGACUGCGUGCGGCAGAUUGUGCGCAACGAAGGCGUCGGCAGCCUCUACCGGGGCAUGAGCGCCAGCUACCUCGGCGUCGUCGAGUCGACGAUGCAGUGGAUGCUCUACGAGCAGCUCAAGGCGGCCCUGGCCCGGCGCGAGGCGCGCAUCGUGGGCGCGGCGGGGGGCGCCAAGCUGUUUGCCGCCGUCCUGGCCUAUCCCCACGAGGUGGCUCGAACGCGACUGCGCCAAGCGCCCAUGGACAAUGGGCAGCCCAAGUACACGGGCCUGAUCCAGUGCUUCAAGCUCGUGUGGAAAGAACAAGGCAUGAUGGGCCUGUACGGCGGGCUGACGCCGCACCUGAUGAGGACCGUGCCCAGCGCCGCCAUUAUGUUUGGCAUGUACGAGGGCAUUCUGCGGCUCUUCAACACGCCGGCGUAA